UCUACCAAAAGCAUCAGUGACGCUUGUUCCUCACUUUGAAAUCCCUAAAUCCCUAACCCUUCUCAAAAGCAACAGUCGCGCCGCCCACCACCCUCCUCCGCCACCAUCUCCGCCGGAAAUCAGUCUCCUGCAGACCGCCGCAAUCUCCGCCCUUGCUGUGAAGUCGCCGCUGCCGCCGUACCUAAAUCCCUAAAUCCCUAACAAUCGCGCCGCCCACCACCCUCCUCCGCCGGAAAUCAGUCUCCUGCAGACCGCCGCAAACUCCGCCCUUGCUGUGAAGUCGCCGCUGCCGCCGUCCACUCCGAUCUGCUGGACUUCCAGAGAAGGCGAAGUCUCCGCCGCCUGCCUCCGCCGUCCAUUCCGGCCGCCUGCGUUGAACCUGCCGCCCUUGCCUCCGUCGGCCAAUAUAACUCCAUCGUCUCCUUCAUUCUGAGCUCAGAAACGCCCCAACCAAAAUCUGUAUACCACUCCAUCCUUGAUUCUUGUGGAAUAAAGAAACUAGUCGAGGACAACAAGAGAAAAGAGAGCAAAGAAGUGUGAUCAAUAAAGGGGAAAAAGAGGACGACGAGUGAAGGAGAACAAGAAAAAAGAGCAAGGAAAAAAAAAUUAAGCUUGUAACUUUUGAUCAUAGACGAAUAGGAGAUAUGGGUCGUGGAGUUAGCAGCGGUGGAGGGCAGAGUUCGUUGGGUUACUUGUUUGGUAGCGGUGAGGCUCCAAAACCAGCAGUGGGGAAAGCACAAGCUGCACCGAGUGAGAGUAGUGUUGCUAGUAAAGAACCUUCGCCAAAGCCUAAUGCCGCUCCUAAGCCAGUAGACGUUAGCAAGCAGAUUCCUGCAGGGAUUCAUAGUAGCACCACCAACAACUACGUCAGAGCAGAUGGUCAGAGUACUUGCAAUUUUAUCACGGAUCGACCAUCAACUAAGGUUCAUGCUGCUCCCGGAGGAAGUUCUUCUUUGGGUUACCUUUUUGGUGGCGGCAGCAGCAGCAACUAAGCCACAACCAGGGUCCUGCAGCCGGGAUCGCCAAAGUGUGUUUCGAGACAUUUAUUUGUAAAAAUGUGGCAGCAAUAUGGUAUUUUGCGUCUUUGCUGCAAGCCUCAUGGGAUGUUUCUGUUUAAGGUUUUGGGUUAUUUGUUUGUAAAUGUAGCAGCAAAUUAUGGUAUUGCGUCUCUGCUGCAAGAGUUGUCAAUAGUUUUUCUACAGACAAAUAUGAAUUCGUUGGUAAAUUUGAAGUGUGAAUCGCUACAUCUUAGUUGUGUUUGGAUGCAUAAUAAUAAGCAUCUCUCAAAAAGGCUUCCUUUGUAAAAUAACUAAACCAUAUUCUAGAUUGUAUUAUUGUGAUUUUAUGGGAUUUUUCAUA